AUGCCUUACAACGUCUACCUCAUCAAGUCCACAGGCAUGCCACGAGACCACCAUGCGCUUUUUGUGGAAACAAACCCUACCACCGGCUCCGGCCAUGUUUACCAAGUUACUGGCAAUAUACAGAAUGGCAUGAUCUUCGAAGACAAGCCAGGCGAACCACCUGAGCAACAACCCUCUUUCCAUAGUAAAACACUCCUUGGUACUGUGCAGGGAAAUUACGAGAAACCGUUUAAGGACAUCUGUUUGGGCAUUCAACCACCGAAGAAGCAAUUUGAUGGGCCGCGGAGGCUGUAUCCAGACGAGCCAAUUCGAAGAUGUCAGGAGUGGACGGCACAGGCGAUGCGGGAGUUGGGGAUGGCAGGGGUUCUGUUGUGA